AGCGCCGUGGAGGCCGCGUCUGGGUGGUGGUGGCCUGCGGUGGGCUCUGGCAGCCCCGCACGUUGUCCCCAGUGGGCCUUGGCCUGCCGUGCUUUCGGGGGACCGCUGGGCCGGAAGCUGGGGGGGACCAACCCAGCCGCCUCUCCUGCAGCACCUCCCGAACCGGGGAGCCCAAGUCUCGCGGGAAGGGAGCGGCCUCCGUGUGUGCUGUGCUGUGCAGUGCAGUGCCGGCCCGGCAGGAUGGGCCGGGCACGGGGUGCAGGGGGCAACCCCCAGGCCAUCGGGCGUGUCCGCUGACCGCCGCACCCCCUUUGUGUGCAGAGUUCCGUCAAGUUGUCUGUGGCCAAGGCCAGCAAAGGCCACGCGUGUGCUUGAUGCCUGUGACGUGUGGCUCUUGAGUGGAUGACUGGGGCCUCCUGCUGACGCUUGGUGCUGACCAAGAGCACGGCUUGGGCCCAGAGCCCACCCGGACCCCCACUGCCAUGUCGGGAUCCACGCAGCCUGUGGCACAGACCUGGAGGGCCACCGAGCCCCGAUACCCGCCCCAUGGCAUCUCCUACCCGAUGCAGAUAGCCCGGCCCCACACGGACGUGGGGCUGCUCGAGUACCAGCACCACCCUCGGGACUACACCUCUCACCUGUCACCCGGCUCAAUCAUCCAGCCCCAGCGGCGGAGGCCCUCGCUGCUGUCCGAGUUCCAGCCGGGGAAUGAACGGUCCCAGGAACUGCAUCUGAGGCCCGAGUCCCACUCCUACCUGCCUGAGCUGGGCAAGGCCGACCUAGAGUUCAUGGAGAGCAAGCGGCCACGCCUGGAGCUGAUGCCUGACCCUCUGCUGCGCCCAUCGCCCCUGCUGGCUGCGGGACAGCCCUGUGCUUCCGAGGACCUCACUAAGGACCGCAGCCUGGCGGGCAAGCUGGAGCCUGUGUCGCCGCCCAGCCCCCCACAUGCGGAUGCCGAGCUAGAGCUAGUGCCCCCGCGGCUGUCCAAGGAGGAACUAAUCCAGAAUAUGGACCGUGUGGACCGCGAGAUCACCAUGGUGGAGCAGCAGAUCUCCAAGCUGAAGAAGAAGCAGCAACAGCUUGAGGAGGAGGCUGCCAAGCCUCCUGAGCCCGAGAAGCCGGUGUCGCCGCCGCCCAUCGAGUCAAAGCACCGCAGCUUGGUACAGAUCAUCUACGAUGAAAACCGGAAGAAGGCGGAGGCAGCCCAUCGGAUUCUGGAGGGCCUGGGGCCCCAGGUGGAGCUGCCCCUGUACAACCAGCCCUCGGACACCCGGCAGUACCACGAGAACAUCAAGAUAAACCAGGCCAUGCGUAAGAAGCUGAUCCUGUACUUCAAGCGGAGGAACCACGCGCGCAAGCAAUGGGAGCAGAAGUUCUGCCAGCGCUAUGACCAGCUCAUGGAGGCUUGGGAGAAGAAAGUGGAGCGCAUCGAGAACAACCCGCGGCGCCGUGCCAAGGAGAGCAAGGUGCGCGAGUACUACGAGAAGCAGUUCCCCGAGAUCCGCAAGCAGCGCGAGCUGCAGGAGCGCAUGCAGAGCAGGGUGGGGCAGCGGGGCAGUGGGCUCUCCAUGUCGGCUGCCCGCAGCGAGCACGAGGUGUCGGAGAUCAUUGACGGCCUAUCUGAGCAGGAGAACCUGGAGAAGCAGAUGCGGCAGCUGGCCGUGAUCCCGCCCAUGCUGUACGAUGCCGAUCAGCAGCGCAUCAAGUUCAUCAACAUGAAUGGGCUCAUGGAUGACCCCAUGAAGGUGUACAAGGACCGCCAGGUCACGAACAUGUGGAGCGAGCAGGAGAAGGAGACCUUCAGGGAGAAAUUCAUGCAGCACCCCAAGAACUUCGGCCUGAUCGCCUCGUUCCUGGAGAGGAAGACGGUGGCCGAGUGCGUCCUCUACUACUACCUGACCAAGAAGAACGAGAACUAUAAGAGCCUGGUGAGGCGGAGCUACCGGCGCCGCGGCAAGAGCCAGCAGCAGCAGCCCCCGCCGCCCCCACGCAGCAGCCAGGAGGAGAAGGAGGAGAAGGAGAAGGAGGCCGAGAAGGAGGAGGAGAAGCCAGACGUGGAGAACGGCAAGGAGGAGCUCAUCAAGGAGAAGACGGACGACACCUCUGGAGAGGAUAACGAUGAGAGGGAGGCGGUGGCCUCCAAGGGCCGCAAAACUGCCAACAGCCAGGGCCGGCGCAAGGGCCGCAUCACACGCUCCAUGGCCAAUGAAGCCAACAAUGACGAGGCCGUCACCCCACAGCAGAGCGCCGAGCUGGCUUCUCUGGAGAUGAACGAGAGCUCACGCUGGACGGAGGAGGAGAUGGAGACUGCCAAGAAAGGCCUCCUGGAGCACGGCCGGAACUGGUCGGCCAUUGCCCGCAUGGUGGGCUCCAAGACUGUGUCGCAGUGUAAGAACUUCUACUUCAACUACAAGAAGCGGCAGAACCUCGAUGACAUCCUGCAGCAGCACAAGCUGAAGAUGGAGAAGGAGAGGAACGCCCGGAGGAAGAAGAAGAAAACACCAGCCACAGCCAAUGAGGAGGCAGCCUUUCCACCUGUGGUGGAAGACGAGGAGAUGGAGGCAUCGGGUGCCAGUGGGAAUGAAGAAGAGAUGGCUGAGGAGGUGGAAGCCUUGCCGGUCCCUGUGAACGAGGCCCCCCGAGGGGAAUGCAGUGGUGCAGCCGCCAUCAACAAUGGCUCGGACACAGAGAGUGUCCCCUCCCCACGUGCUGCUGAAGCAGCUAAGGAGCCAGGGCCCAGUGGACCCAAGCCCCUGCCUGCUGUGGGCCCUGAUGGGCCGGCCGCCCCACCACCCACACCCCCACUGGAUGACACCCCAGCUCCCGCUGAGUCCACCCCGGCCCCUGAGGCCAGCAGCCACCCUGCAUCCCCAAUGGCCCCCUCGUCACCCGCUGCAGCCCCUGCUGUGGUCCCCAAGGAGGAGGAGGUGGCCGCUUCAGUGCCCCCAGCCCAAGACAGGGAGGAGCAGAAAUCUCCAGCUGAGGGGCUGGUGGGGGCCUCGGUGAAGAUGGAGGAGCCUGGGGUGGUCCCCGAGGAGCCGGUCAAGAGUGAGUGCGUGCAGGAGGCGGCCGAGGGUACCCUGGACGAGGGUGCAGAGGACGAUGCAGAGGUCACACCUGAGGGCCCGCUCAAGGCUGAGAAGGAGGGUGCUGCCAGCAAAGCCCCUGCUGCCAAGGGCUCGGGUGCCCCCCAGGACAGCGACUCCAGUGCCACCUGCAGCGCCGACGAGGUGGAUGAGCCCGAGGGAGGUGACAAGAGCAGGCUGCUGUCCCCGAGGCCCAGCCUCCUUACCCCAGCUGGUGAUCCCAGGGCCAGCGCUUCGCCCCAGAAACCACUGGACCUGAAGCAGCUGAAGCAGCGGGCGGCUGCCAUCCCCCCUAUUGUCACCAAGGCCCAUGAGCCCUCCCGGGAGGACACAGCACCCCCUCCACUGGCUCCUGUCCCCCCAGCCCCUGUACAACACCUGCAGCCUGAGAGUGACACUGCCCAGCAGCCCAGCAGUAGCCCACGGGGCAGAAGCAGGAGCCCUGUGCUCCCUGCUGAGAAGGAGGCAGAGAAGCCCACGUUCUUCCCGCCCUUUGCGGCUGAGGGCCAGAAGCUGCCCACAGAGCCAACGUGCUGGACGUCAGGCCUGCCCUUCCCCAUGCCCCCUCGUGAGGUGAUCAAGGCCUCCCCGCAUGCCCCGGACGCUGCCUCUGCCUUCUCCUAUGCACCCCCUGGUCACCCACUGCCCCUGGGCCUGCAUGAUGGCGCCCGGCCAGGCCCACCACGCCCACCCACCAUCUCCAACCCGCCACCCCUCAUCUCCUCCGCUAAGCACCCUGGGGUCCUCGAGCGGCAGAUGGGCGCCGUCUCCCAGGGAGUGUCGGUCCAGCUGCACGUCCCCUACUCUGAGCAUGCCAAGGCCCCAGUAGGCCCCGUCACCAUGGGGCUGCCUCUUGCCAUGGACCCCAAGAAGCUGGCACCCUUCAGUGGAGUGAAGCAGGAGCAGCUGUCCCCCCGGGCCCAGGCUGGGCCCCCUGACAGCCUGGGUGUGCCCACAGCCCAGGAAACAUCCGUACUACGAGGGACAGCUCUGGGCUCCGUGCCUGGAGGCAGCAUCACCCGGGGUAUCCCCAGCACGCGGGCGCCCUCUGAGAACCCGGGCAGCUACCGUGGUUCCAUCACCCAUGGCACCCCGGCCGACGUGCUCUACAAGGGCACCAUCACCAGGAUUGUGGGUGAGGACAGCCCCAGCCGCCUGGACCGCGCCCGCGAGGAUGGGCUGCCCAAGGGCCACGUCAUCUAUGAGGGCAAGAAGGGCCACGUGCUGUCCUAUGAGGGUGCCACGUCUGUGUCCCAGUGCUCCAAGGAGGAUGGCAGGAACAGCUCCGGACCCACCCACGAGCCCACGGCACCCAAGCGCACCUAUGACAUGAUGGAGGGCCGCGUGGGCCGGGCCGUCACCUCUGCUGGCAUUGAGGGUCUCAUGGGCCGCGCCAUCCCGCCCGAGCACCACAGCCCGCACCACCUCAAGGAGCAGCAUCACCUGCGCGGCUCCAUCACGCAAGGAACCCCGCGCUCCUGCCUGGAGGCCCAGGAGGAUUGCCUGCGGCGGGAGGCCAAGCUGCUGAGACGGGAGGGCUCCCCGCCGCCCCCGCCCCCACCCCGUGACCUGGCUGAGGCCUACAAGGGACGGUCCCUGGACACCCUGGGUCCCCUGAAGCUGAAGCCAGCCCACGAAGGCCUGGUGGCCACAGUCAAGGAGGCCGGCCGCUCCAUCCACGAGAUCCCACGCGAGGAGCUGCGGCGCACACCUGAAUUGCCCCUGGUGCCGCGGCCGCUCAAGGAAGGUUCCAUCACCCAGGGCACCCCGCUGAAGUACGACACAGGCGCAUCCUCGGCCAGCUCUAAGAAGCACGACGUUCGCUCCAUCAUUGGCAGCCCUGGCCGCACCUUCCCGUCUGUGCUUCCGCUGGACGUGGUGGCUGAUGCCCGGGUGCUCGAGCGUGCCUGCUAUGAAGAGAGCCUCAAAGGCCGGCCAGGUGCCACAGGGGGCUCUGGGGGCUCCAUCACCCGUGGGGCGCCCGUCGUGGUGCCCGAGCUGGGUAAACCGAGGCAGAGCCCUCUGACCUAUGAGGACCAUGCCGCACCCUUCGCCAGCCAUCUGCCACGAGGCUCACCAGUGACCACACGGGAGCCCACGCCACGCCUCCAGGAGGCCAGCCUCCUGUCCAGUAAGACUUCGCAGGAUCGGAAGCUGACAUCAACGCCUCGUGAGGUUGCCAAGUCGCCACAUAGUGCCGUGCCUGAGCACCACCCGCACCCCAUCUCUCCCUAUGAGCACCUGCUGCGUGGCGUGAGCGGCGUGGACCUUUACCGCAGCCACAUCCCACUGGCCUUCGACCCCGCCUCCAUCUCCAGAGGGAUCCCUCUAGACGCAGCUGCCGCCUACUACCUGCCCCGGCACCUGGCCCCCAACCCCACGUACCCACACCUGUACCCACCGUACCUCAUCCGUGGCUACCCUGACACGGCAGCCCUGGAGAACCGGCAGACUAUCAUCAAUGACUACAUCACCUCACAGCAGAUGCACCACAAUGCCGCAACCGCCAUGGCCCAGCGCGCUGACAUGCUCCGUGGCCUGUCACCCCGCGAGUCCUCCCUGGCACUCAACUAUGCCACCGGCCCUCGAGGCAUCAUCGACCUGUCCCAAGUGCCACACCUCCCUGUGCUGGUGCCCCCAACGCCUAGCGCCCCUGCCGCUGCCAUGGACCGCCUCGCCUACCUCCCCACUGCACCCCAGCCCUUCGGCAGCCGCCAUAGCAGCUCCCCGCUGUCCCCAGGAGGCCCUGCACACUUGACAAAACCCACUGCCAUGUCCUCAUCGGAGCGAGAGCGCGACCGGGAGCGGGACAGGGACCGGGAACGGGAGCGGGACAAGUCCAUCCUCACGUCCACCACCACUGUGGAGCACGCACCCAUUUGGAGACCUGGUACAGAGCAGAGCAAUGGCAGCAGCAGCAGUGGGACAGGAAGUAGCAGUAGCCGCCCCACCACGCACACCCACGCCCACCAGCACUCGCCUAUCUCGCCCCGGACCCAGGAUGCCCUGCAGCAGAGGCCCAGCGUGCUGCACAACGCCGGCGUGAAGGGCAUCAUCACCUCUGUGGAGCCCAGCACGCCCACAGUCCUGAGGUCUACCGCCACCUCCUCCCCUGUCCGCCUGGCUGCCACAUUCCCACCCACCACCCACUGUCCACUGGGUAGCACCCUGGAUGGGGUCUACCCCACCCUCAUGGAGCCCGUCCUGCUGCCCAAGGAGUCUGCCCGGGUUGCCCGGACAGAGCGGCCACGCACGGACACCAGCCAUGCCUUCCUCACCAAGCCCCCGGCCCGCGAGCCCACCUCCUCCCCCAGCAAGAGCUCCGAGCCCCGACCCCUCGUGCUCCCCAGCUCCAGCCACGCAGCCAUCGCCCACACCCCGGCAAAGAGCCUCGCACCCCACCACGCCAGCCCGGACCCGCCGGCUCCGCCCACCUCGGCCUCCGACCCGCACCGGGGAAAGACUCAAAGUAAACCCUUUUCCAUCCAGGAACUGGAACUCCGUUCUCUGGGUUACCACAGCUACAGUCCCGAAGGGGUGGAGCCUGUCAGCCCAGUGAGCUCCCCCAGCCUGACCCACGACAAGGCACUCCCCAAGCACCUGGAGGAGCUAGACAAGGGCCACCUGGAGGGAGAGCUACGGCACAAACAGCCAGGCCCCGGGAAGCUUGGAGGGGAGGCCACCCACCUCCCGCACCUGCGGCCGCUGCCCGAGAGCCAGCCCGCAUCCAGCCCGCUGCUUCAGACUGCCCCAGGGGUCAAAGGUCACCAGCGGGUGGUCACCCUUGCGCAGCAUAUCAGUGAGGUCAUCACACAGGAUUACACACGCCACCACCCGCAGCAGCUCAGCACACCCCUGCCUGCCCCUCUCUAUUCCUUCCCUGGAGCCAGCUGCCCAGUGCUGGACCUCCGCCGCCCACCCAAUGACCUCUACCUCCCGCCCCCUGAGCAUGGCACCCCAGCACGUGGCUCCCCACACAGCGAGGGGGGCAAGAGGUCUCCAGAGCCAAGCAAGACAUUGGUUCUCAGUGGUGAGGAUGGCAUUGAGCCCGUGUCUCCACCGGAGAGCGUGACAGAGCCAGGGCAUCCUCGGAGCACCAUGUAUCCACUGCUAUACCGGGAUGGGGACCAGACAGAGCCCAGGAUGGGCUCCAAGUCUCCAGGCAAUGCCAGCCAGCCGCCCGCCUUCUUCAGCAAGCUGACAGAGAGCAACUCCGCCAUGGUCAAGUCUAAGAAGCAGGAGAUCAACAAGAAACUCAACACCCACAACCGGAAUGAGCCGGAAUACAAUAUUGGCCAGCCUGGGACGGAGAUCUUCAACAUGCCGGCCAUCACUGGAGCAGGCCUUAUGACCUGUAGAAGCCAGGCGGUGCCGGAGCAUACCAGCACCAACAUGGGGCUGGAGGCCAUAAUUAGAAAGGCGCUCAUGGGUAAAUAUGAUCAGUGGGAAGAGCCCCCGCCGCUCGGCGCCAAUGCUUUUAACCCUCUGAAUGCCAGUGCCAGCCUGCCCACGGCCGCUAUGCCCAUAACCGCUGCUGACGGACGGAGCGACCCCGCGCUCACCUCGCCAGGCGGCGGGGGGAAGGCCAAGGUCUCUGGCAGACCCAGCAGCCGUAAAGCCAAGUCUCCAGCCCCAGGCCUGGCAUCUGGGGACCGGCCACCCUCGGUCUCCUCGGUGCACUCCGAGGGGGACUGCAAUCGCCGGACGCCGCUCACCAACCGUGUAUGGGAGGACCGGCCCUCGUCCGCAGGCUCCACGCCAUUCCCCUACAACCCCCUGAUCAUGAGACUGCAGGCAGGUGUCAUGGGCUCUCCGCCUCCACCUGGCCUCCCUGCCGGCAGCGGGCCCCUCGCCGGCGCCCACCACGCCUGGGAGGAGGAGCCCAAACCGCUUCUGUGCUCACAGUACGAGACGCUGUCCGACAGUGAGUGACCACCGGCAUGGCUAGUGCCAGUUCCCAGCGCAAAAGAGCGUCCCAGCGAGGAAGGAGCCCCGACCCAAGUCCGCCCACCCGCGCGUGCGUGCAUCCAUCCGUCCGGAGCCGGCAUCCUUGCCUGUCUAAAGCCUUAACUACGACUCCCACCCGGGCUGGCCCUGUGCAAUGACCUUUCUCAGGGGACGUUCACCUGGUGCUCGGGAGGGGAAGGGAGGGAUACAGCGGGCGUGCAGCGGCCACGCGUGUGGCCAGGGCGGCCAGGGACCCAAAGCAGGACAACCACGCACCUCCACGCCACUGCCUCCCCCUAACACAUUUGGAACCAAAGUCUAAUCUGAGCUAGCGGCCCCCGCGCCCUCCCUCCGCCUCCCAUCCUGCUUAGUGCUCUGGACAGAUGGACACGGGCCCUGUCCAGCCUCUGGGGCUCUCGCCACAAUUCCCACGGGCCGCCCCAGCCCUGGGACUGCUGGAAGCUGGGUCAGGCCAGCAGAUGUCACCGACCUGGAUGCUCUCCACACACCCUCGGUGGCCACAGCCGUGGGAAGGAGAGGCGGGUGUACACGGUGUAUUGGUUUACAGGGUAUAUUUUUGAUACCUUCAAUGAAUUCAGAUGUUUUACGCAAGGAAGGACUCACCCAGUGUUAUUGCUGCUCUGCUCCCACCCGCUUACUGUGCAGGGGCCACGUGCGCGGGCAGCGGCCCCGCCAUCCACAGGCCGAGGGCCGGGGCCACCUGCGCACGAGCCCUCCGCCUCCUCCCUUCCCCUUCCUUGGGCAGAAUGAGUUUGAUGCGUAUUCUGUGGCCGCCACCUGCGCACGGCGGUGGCGUUCUGUCAUUUACACACGUUGUUCUAAUUAAAAGCAAAUUAUACUCAUCAC